AACAUAGAAGUAGAAGUAGGCGUGGAAACAAAAAACAUAUCUCCCAAAUCCGAUCCUUGAAUCACAUUUCUUAACGGAUUAAGUUUAUUUCAUCCACACGUAUUCUCCAAUCAAAACCCAUUCCUCUAAUCCUCUUUCAUCACAUGCAUUUUUCUGCUUCUUUUCUAAAUCCUCCACAACAAUACACUCUCUUCUUUUGUCUCUUUUCUUUUUCUUAAUUAACCUUAAAUAAUAAUAAUGAGAAACACACUUCCAUAGAUAAUUAAUCUCUGCCAUGAUCAUAGAACACCCACUUCUAUUCCUUUUAUUACUAUCAUUAAUCUUUCUCCCUAUAAUCACAUGUCAAGUUAAUUACCGUGAGUGCCACCAAUCAUGUGGUUCACACAAACCCUUCCCUUACCCAUUCGGAUUCUCUUCCGGUUGCGAAAUCCGCCUCAACUGCACCGUCGACGGCGAAAUCUUCAUCGGAGAAUUUCCAGUCCAAUCGGUAAACUCAAACAGUAUAAUAGUAAACAUCGAAUCACAAUGUAAUCGUUCAUUUGAUACGUUUCACCAACUCUUCAGUCACAAACACGCACCUACUUCGGGAAACGUGAUUCUGUUACAGAACUGUACGGAAAAUCUCUUGCCUUGUUCUAUACCGGAGACUCUGCUUCCUAGUCAAUUCGAAUCUGAAUCUGACGGUUGCGGCGGCGCCGGUAGCGGGAAAUUGAGUUGUUACUUUGAAAAUACUACGAGUCGUUUCGUGAAUGAGACAAAAUUGGAACGAAUUGGAUGCAAAUACUUUAUGUCAUCGAUAUCAAUUGAAGACUUGAGAAAGAGUUCGGAUUCGGCGAUUUCUUUGGAAGUAGCUACGAUUGAGCUUGGAUGGUGGAUUCAUGGAGAUCAGUGUCUUUGUUCUGAUCAUGCUAAUUGUACUAAAAUUGUAUCACCGAUUGAUCGAAAGCCUGGGUUUCGGUGUCAGUGUGAUGAAGAGUUCGUCGGCGAUGGUUUUUUGGCUGGAACUGGCUGCCGGAAAAAAGCCUCAUCAACAUGCAACCCAGCAAAGUACAUGUCCGGAAGAUGUGGAGGAACAACGAGAUUCAUCGUCUUAAUUGGAGGUUUUGUUUUUGGCGUUUCACUCAUGAUUACUCUGGCUUCAGUAUGUUGUUACUUUCGCCGUCGCACCAAAUUGAGAGUCACAAAGAGCACAAAAAGACGCUUCACAGAAACUACUAACAAUUACAGUGUUCCUAUCUAUCCCUACAAAGACAUCGAAAAAGCCACAAAUAGUUUUUCAGAGAAACAAAGGUUGGGAACAGGAGCAUAUGGUACAGUUUAUUCUGGAAAACUUUACAAUGAUGAAUAUGUUGCCAUCAAAAGAAUAAAACACAGAGAUAAUGAGAGCAUUGAACAAGUCAUGAAUGAGAUCAAGCUCAUUUCCUCUGUUAGUCACCCCAAUUUAGUGCGUUUGUUGGGUUGUUCCAUCGAAUAUGGAGAACAAAUUUUAGUGUAUGAGUUCAUGUCAAACGGAACACUGAAUCAACAUUUGCAAAGAGAGACAGGAAAUGGACUUUCAUGGCCUGUUAGACUCAAAAUUGCGACAGAAACAGCACAAGCCAUAUCACAUCUUCAUUCAGCAAUUGAUCCACCUAUAUACCAUAGAGAUAUAAAAUCAAGUAACAUACUUUUGGACCAAAAUUUUGGAUCCAAAGUAGCAGAUUUUGGGCUUUCUAGACUUGGAAUAACUGAAAUAUCUCACGCUUCCCACGUUUCAACUGCUCCUCAAGGAACACCGGGCUACGUUGACCCACAAUACCAUCAAGACUAUCACCUUUCUGAUAAAAGCGAUGUAUAUAGCUUUGGUGUGGUUCUUGUUGAGAUCAUAACAGGACUAAAAGUAGUGGACUUUUCUCGUCCUCAUAAUGAAGUGAAUUUGGCUUCUCUUGCUGUUGACAGGAUCAGAAAAGGGCUUUUAGAUGAUAUUAUAGACCCAAUCAUAUUUCUUCAUUCCCAAGCAACCAGUGAAGGGUGGACACUUUCUUCCAUACACAAGGUAGCUGAGUUGGCAUUCAGAUGUCUUGCAUUUCACAGGGAUAUGAGACCUUGUAUGACUGAAGUGGCAACUGAGUUAGAGCAACUAAGGUUGAAUAAAUGGAACUCUUUUGAAGAAAAUAACUCUAUUAUAGCUUCAAUAGAUCACUUGUCUUCUUGCUCUUCCUCCUCUUCUAGCGAAAGUGAGAAACCUUUGAGGAGCACCACCACACUGAAGGAUGUUGGGCCUAAGGGUAAAUCCCAUCUUAAGCUUGAGACUGGGCCCAUUUCUUUUAAGUCAGUUGAAAGGCCCAACAGUAGCUCACCAGUUUCGGUGCAAGACCCAGACCCAUGGUUUAGUGAGCAGAGCUCUCCUUCAAAUAGUUUCCCCAGUAAGUCAUUUGAUCGUGGAUCUGUUUCAUAUGGUCAACAAUCUAGUUUGUAGUUUAUUGUAAUUGAAUAUAAGCUUGUUUGAUCAAAAGAGAGAUAUACGGUAAGCAAGUUUAUCUCACUCUAUUAUAGCUUUUAUGAUUUGUAAAAUUAAACUGUAUGAAUUUAUAACUUAUAACUUCACUUUUGGUCUCCCAAGUAUUGGAACUUUAGUUCUCCAUUUUUUUGAGCAA